AUGUUACAAAUGCACAGAUUUCAUUUACAGGAAUGUUUUCAUAUACCAAAUGUCAUAGAAAUAUGUUGGAUAUCAGUGUGGGCUAUAAUGGAAUACAACAUUUCACAGAUAAAAAACAACAGAAAUUGUUUUGCUGACUACCCGUUUACGUGCAAACUAAAAUUACCUGCAGAAUUCCAACAGACAUCCCGAAACUGGUUGUUACACGCUCGCUAUGUGCGAGGAGAACAUUCUCAGUGUUUGGACUUAGCUGAUGAAUUGCAAAAACAAUGUGAGAACAAGCACAGAUAUGCAUAUUUCAUAAAGGCAUCGGUACUGGCAGACGCAGGACGAUAUCAAGAAGCCCUAGAGCGGUUCCACAGCUGUCUUCGGUUGCAGCCACAGGACCCAGAACCUUUGAAAGAAGUCGCCAAGUGUUUAUUUCGUCAAGGACGUUACCAGCUAUCUCUUGAAGCUUACUUGGAAGCUGAUAAAUUAACAAAACAUCCGGACCCAGACGUCUACUGCGCUUUAGCGGAAUGUGCAUGGAACCUUGGUGACGUGGGGCGCGGAGUGGAGUGGGCGAGGUCGGGGGUGCAGGCGGGGGGCGGGGAGCGGGCCGGGGCUCUGCUGGCCAAGCUGUUACUGGCUGGAGAUGACGUGGCAGGAGCACUGGCAGCUUACGACCAAGCGUUGACUUCACACGCUUGCGGCGCCGACACCCUCGCAGCGGCCGGAGCUCUACGCUUGCGAGCUGGCGACCCUCGCCACGCCUUCCAACUGCUCGGCGCGGCUCUGGCACAGCAGCCCACACAGCACGCGGCCGCUUUAGCGCUUGCUGCCAUGAUGCUACAACAUAAGGAUGUUGAUGCUGCGCUUGCGAGGUUAAAAUCGGCAUUAGCCGCCCAUCCGACGUGCGUCGCAGCUCAUACAAAUCUAGGGCUGGCGUUAUUAGCAAAAAAGAAGUAUAUUGCCGCUCUGACGUGCCUCCAGCGUGCGGUGUGGGCGGCGCCACUGAGCGCGCGAGCGGCACACGACCUAGGCCUGACUCUCAUGCUGUGCAAAAGACCCGCUUCCGCCUUCUGUCGUCUGGCUACAGCCGCAGCUUUGCAGACACAGCCUUAUACCAUUCUUCUGAUUGGCGUAGCUCUGGAACGCCUUGGAGAUAGUCGAGCGGACGCAGCGUAUGCCAGGGCAGUGACGUUAGCACCAGAGGAUUCUCUCAUCAGACUGAACAUGGCUGGACGGCACGCGAGAGCUGGACGACUGCAAGAAGCGGUUGAGGAAGCUGGUAUCACGGCUGGGUUGUUGCAGGCACAGGAGAAGGUAGACACGCAGCUGGCCAGUUCCUUAGCCACAUUGCUAGCUCUGCUGCGAGAAGUCGGGGUGGAACUGCAGCUGACACCAGCAGUACCAGACGUAGACCCAAUGCCAACUCCUGUCCUCGAACCAACCAAUGAUGAACAUAUCAUGGCGUCAGACGAAGUUUAAAUAAUAGAACGGUUUAAAUUUUUGAAUAAAUAAAUAGAAUAUU